UCGUAAUUGAUUGGUUACCACAGUUAUCUGGAGUUUCAAGCUGUGGGCGAGCAAGCUCGAAUAAAGUUUUGUUCUAACCACGCAGUGUCGGAAAAGACGCCGAAUUCAACUUUUAACAGGAAUAUAAUUAUUCACCUAAUGUGUUUAAACAACGUCGCUGUGUGCAGUUUGUUCUCAUCACUGUAAGCACCCUGAGACAUGGUCGAGCCAACAAUACACAAGUUUACGUCUUUAGAGGAGGAGCUGGGCUUCUGGAAGGAGCAGUCAAGUAGACACCAGCAGAGGGCGGAUGAAUGUCAGGAGGAGCUGCAAGAGUUUCAGCAGAUGAGUCGUGACUAUGAAGCCGAGCUGGAAGCCGAGUUGAAGCAGUGCGAGGCUCGGAACAAAGAAUUGCUGCAAAACAACAACCGACUCAGGGUGGAGCUGGAGAACAUUAAGGAGAAAUUUGAGAAUCAACACGCUGACACUUUUAAGCACAUCUCAACCCUUGAGGAAAAUCUAGCAGAGACUACAGCAGUCCGAGAUCACCUGCAGAAAUACAUCAGGGAGCUGGAACAGUCCAAUGAUGACCUGGAGAGGACCAAAAGGGCUACCAUCAUGUCCCUGGAGGACUUUGAGCAGAGGAUGAACCAUGUCAUUGAGAGGAAUGCUUUUCUUGAAAGUGAGCUGGAUGAGAAAGAGAACCUGCUUGAGUCGGUUCAGAGACUCAAAGAUGAAGCCAGAGAUCUUCGGCAGGAGCUGGCAGUACGGCAGAAAGAAAGGCGGCCAUCCAGCAGCCUAGGGAAAGAUUCUGAUCCUUCCAGUGGUAUCACUCCCAUGCCUGGUACCCCCUCCAAACCUCUCAGCUCCUUCACCACACCUCCUGCAUCCAGCAUCCGACGAGGUGACGGUCUAACAGGGACUCCUCUCACAACAUCUGCCAGGAUAUCUGCACUCAAUAUAGUCGGGGAACUGCUGAGAAAAGUUGGGAAUCUGGAGUCCAAGCUGGCCUCGUGUCGAGACUUUGUGUAUGACACGUCGGUUAUCAGGCCUACACUGCCCGCCGCCCUUGGGAGCCCAUCUGGUCUCGAAGGAGGGGCUGGAGUGCAAGCUAGCAGCAUGAGUCCUCCCCCUCCUCAGUACGACAGUUUAGUGAAGCGGUUGGAAUUUGGACCAGCGCCCCCACGAGGUAUCUCCCAGGGCCCUCAGUCGCCACAGGGAGGAGUCAAGAUGCUCCUCUGAGGAACAAUUGCCUCCCUCCGUCCCCUCACGCCCACCUCUUGGGAGCGCAGUCAUCACAUGAUGCAUCGCUGAGGAAAAAAAAAACACUUCCUUUGCUCCAUACAACACUUGACUGGCGGAAUCCUGCUGCCUCAGACUCUUAUCACAGCGCUUUGCAAAAUGAGGUAUGUUUUUUUUUUUUAAAACCCACAUGCACUCUUGCCAAAGUUUACUGGAGCAGGCGCAAAAGUCCAAAGCAGCAAGCAUGUUAGUCCCUGGAAUGGGAUAGUGACUCAUUUAGGGACCUUUAGGUCAGUGUUUUUUGUUUUUUAACUUUUUACAUAACAUGACUCAUUCUGUUGUAUGAACGGCAGCAAGAUCAACUUUAAUUAAUAAUGUCACUGCUGCCAUCUAGUGGAGGAACAUUUUUUUUUGGUCCUGCUCCCUCACUGGUAUAGCUCGAUAAACAUUUGUAGGGCUUGUAAGGUAUUUCUGAACUGCGCUGAAAAUAAUGUAAGUUUUUACAUAUUUGAUGUGGUUGAUUGUGAAAAAUGGUGCUGCCGGGUUUGGUUGGUUUUUAAGCCUCAGCUGCCUUCACUUUUUGCUUUUCAGCUCUUUUAGUCGACUUCAGUUGACUGUUGAAUUUGUGAUUAUUCCACUCACUCUACUGAUACUGAAUGUCAUAGUUGGGAUUAGAGAUAACAUUGUUGAUCAGGUUAAAAAGAUGUUUGUUUUUCAGCACAUCAGGAAAGUAUUCACAGCGCUUCACUUUCUCCACAUUUUUUUGUUACAGCCUUAUUUUGAAAUGCAAUACAUUUUUGCCCUCAAAAUUCUACACACAAUACCCCAUAAUGACAAAGUAAAAAAGUUUUGUUAGAGCUUUUUGCAAAUUUAAUAAAAAAAAAAAAACAUGUACAGUACAGGCCAGAAGUUAAAUAUGGCAGUUCAUGUUCGGAAUAAACUAAAAAAUAAAGAAAGAAAGUUUGGACAAACCUUAUUUCAAUGCAUUUUCAUGACUAUUUACAUUGUAAAUUGUCACUGAAGGCAUCAAAACUAUGACACCUGUGAAGUGAAAAGCCUUGCAGGUGACUACCACUUGAAGCUCAUCGAGAGAGAGAGCCAAGAGUGUGCGAAAAAGUAACCAAAGCAAAGGGUGGCUAGUUUGAAGAAACUAGAAUAUAAAACAUGUUUUCAGUUUUUUCACCUUUUUUUGUUAAGUACAUAACUCCAUACGUGUUCAUUCAUAGUUUUGAUGCCUUCAGUGACAAUCUACAAUGUAAAUAGUCAUAAAAAUACAGAAAAUGCAUUGAAUGAUGUGUCCAAAAUGUUGGCCUGUACUGCAUAUAGGUAUUCACUUCCUUUGAACCUCAAAAUUGAUCUGUUUAUUUUUUAUUUAUUUUAUGGGCAGUGUACGCAGUACGGUAUAUACAAGUAAUCGAUUGGUGCACCAAAUUAAGCCAAUAGUUAAUUUCCACCUGUCAUCUUUACAACAGGGUUGUUCUUUUUUUUUUUUUUUUGUUAUUUUUGCCUUCUUUGGGACUUAAAAGGAUUUGUAGUUUUGAGGACAAAAAUGAAUGUAUUCCAUUUUGGAAUAAGGCUUUAACAAAAAUAAAAUGCUGUGUAUAUUUUCCAGAUGCGCUGUAUUUUUGUUGUUGUAACAUUGCUGUUUUUCACCUUUUUAAGAGGUUGAUAUGGCUGCGCAGUAAAAAUCCGCAGCAAAUACCAUCCAUGCUGCUGUGUUUCUCCCUGACUGACCAUUCAAGCAUUAAAAAGAAAUAAGCACCUUU